GCCAAUUGGGCUUUGUUUGCAUGAACCUCAUUGAACUGUGGGACUCAAGAAAAAAGUAACGUCUGUUUUGGAUUUUGCAUACGCCUACAUAACUAGUCAGUUGUUUUGGGCUUCUUUUGUAAAUCGGGAUUGCUUACAUCUGGCAACCCUGCUCCAAACUUCCACUUUAAGAAGGCGCGUCUACGCUGCAGUGUAGUGUGUUUAUUACAAUCCUUAAAGUGGCACAUGGAAACCACAUCUGAUUUCUGCAUGGCACAAGAAUCUAGACCUACAGAUUCUGUCUGUCCAGUAUGAGGAAACUGCUUUGAGGAAACUGAUCCACGUAUACGAUCCUGUAGCUUGUCAGACUAUUUUUAUCUGUGGCAGUAGCACCCACGGUGUAUGCGGCAGCGUGAGCUCCCCACCAAGGCGCACAGCAAGCGGGAGGGGAAGGAUCCGCGGAUUCAGACAGACGGGUGGUGGGCUCGGGGCGAGACGAGACGUGAAAUAGUCCCCGGUGCAGCCGUCAAAGGUGAAGCACAUUGGGACGUGAGUGAAAUGGAGGCCCCACCGGGGACGAGCUGCUGGGAGCGCACCUUGGCCAAACGGGAGUAACCGAGCCGUGAAACGGGUUGGGAUGGCAGCAUCCAGUAACUCAAGCCUCUCAGGUUCAUCUCUGUCCUCUGACCCUGAGGAUUACCAACCGCCCAUAUGGAAGUCCUACUUGUACCAGCUACAGCAGGAAGCCCCGAGACCAAAGAGGAUCACAUGUCCUCAGGAGCCAAUAUUUCUUCUUCUGGUUUCCAGAUGGAGAGCAGACCCAAAUACUAUGGCAGAGAAUUUCAUGGCAUCAUCUCUCGAGAAUAUGCAGAUGAGCUGCUGGCGGCAGUAGAGGGUGCUUACCUCAUCAGGGGGAGCCAAAGACAGCCAGGGACUCACACCUUGGCCUUAAGGUUUGGGCACCAGACCCUCAACUACAGACUGUUCUAUGAUGGGAAACACUUUGUUGGGGAGAAGAGGUUUGAGUCCGUCCAUGACCUUGUGACAGACGCCCUCAUCACUCUCUACAUCGAGACCAAGGCAGCGGAGUACAUUGCCAAAAUGACCACUAACCCCAUCUACGAGCAUCUUGGUUACACCUCACUACUCAAGGACAAGAUGGUGCACAGGCUGAGCCGUGGACGCACAGAACCCCGCAGGGUCACCUUCCAGAAAGACGACAAGAUCUCCUCACCUCUGGUGCGACGGAGUGCCUUGAAAGACACACCAGAGAAGCUGUGCUCUUAUGAGAAGAUCCACAACUUCAAGGUACAUACCUUUCGAGGGCCGCACUGGUGUGAGUACUGUGCCAACUUCAUGUGGGGCCUGAUCGCCCAAGGUGUCCGCUGUUCAGAUUGCGGGCUGAAUGUACACAAACAGUGCUCCAAACUGGUUCCAAGCGACUGCCAGCCGGACCUGCGCAGGAUAAAGAAAGUGUUUAGCUGUGACCUCACCACGCUCGUCAAAGCUCAUAACACGACGCGACCCAUGGUGGUGGACAUGUGUAUUCGAGAGAUAGAGCUGAGAGGUAUGAAAUCUGAAGGUCUCUACCGAGUGUCUGGCUUCUCAGAGCACAUAGAGGAUGUGAGGCUUGCCUUUGACCGAGAUGGUGAAAAGGCAGACAUCAGUGCCAAUUCUUAUGCAGACAUCAACAUCAUUGCUGGUGCUUUGAAGCUCUACUUAAGAGACCUUCCCAUUCCAGUCAUUACAUUUGACUUGUACUCCAAAUUUAUUCAAGCUGCAAAAAUUCCAAAUGCUGAAUCCAGGCUGGAGGCCAUCCACGAGGGCUUGCUGCAGCUCCCCCCGGCCCACUAUGAGACGCUACGAUACCUGAUGGCUCACCUCAAGAGGGUGACAAUGUUCGAAAAGGACAAUUUAAUGAAUUCUGAGAACCUGGGGAUUGUCUUUGGUCCAACGCUUAUGCAGCCACCGGAGCAGAAUGCCUUGACUACCCUGAAUGACAUGAGGCAGCAGAAACUAGUGGUGCAGCUGAUGAUAGAGCAUGAAGAUGUCUUAUUCUGAGGACUGAGGCAUGCAGGGCUUACUACACGAAGGACAAUUAUUUAUUCUGUCAAAGAGGAAAUUCAAGCCACCUUGAUUCUAAUGAAGUUUCAGAAUAGUUUGUAAUCAAAUUGAACUUGAAACAUUUCUUUUUCGCAUGACUGUUUUAGCUAAUGUUGGUUUAGUGUUGACAUUGUCUUGUAACUGUAAGUUUUGGGUUUCCAUACUCAGCCAAGACCAUCAUUUUUAUAUUAGGGAAUGAUCCAGUAUUUGUAACUAUCUACAGCGCCGUUCCUUCCUCGCUUUAAUUUGAAGACUGUCACUACCUGGUGUAGACUCAGUCAUGACAGACAAGACAGCACUGUGUGAAAUCUGCUCCCGGCGGAUUGUCAAUCAUUGUUGGCCUGGUGCUGUGUGAACCAAGCCUCACAGCAGUAGCCAAGUUUAUGCUCCCACAUGUUAUGUGUGCAUAUUUUGAUUUUUGUGGGAACGUUGUUUAAAAAUGUAAUGAAACAAUGUGGAUCCUGUCAUUGUAAAUAAACUCAGAUCAUGUAAUGAUCAAUAUUUUAAGUGUGUGUACUAAAAAAUGAGAGAUGAGACAAUAAGGCGCUCAUGAAGCACUUUUUUGCAACAAGUGUAAAGAUUUAUUUUGUAAAGAUGUUUAUUUUUGUCUUUUACUCUGCAUCAUGUUCUGUCACAAUAAUAUAUACUGUUGAGAAUGAUGUUUGUUGAAUCGAUGUCUGAAUACAAAACUGUUCACAAGAGAAAAGAGUCAGAAGAAUGACAGUUUUUGGAUCUACCAUUUUCAUUUUGAAUGUCUUCAGUGUUAUGUGAGGAAUACACAGGUGGUUAAAUACUGGUCAAUAAUUUACGUUAUUUUGCAGACUGCACGACAUGAGCAAAGAUCUUCUUUACAGAUAUUGGUCACCAGUUUUGCAGUAAUUGUGUUUACAUGAUGUAAUUUGAAAUAUUUUCAAGUAAAUAAUAAGAAAAAUAAAAAGAUUAUGGCCCUUU